GCCAAAUUAAAUUGCGUACAUAGCAACCAAUGAAAACGCUCGUUUCAUCUCACCAAUACAUUUCCUGUGACGGAUUUAGCAGCCAUACCUAGCACCUGUGUAUACAAACACAAUCAGCAUUCGUGUAUGAAGGUGAUAUAAACAAGAGAUUUGCAAGAUGGAACCAAGUGAGAAUGAUUACACCUGAUACAUAGAAAAGCUUUAAACAUCUGAAUUUUUUGUGCCAAAGAAGGGAAAAGACUGACAAGAAGAGGUUAAGAUGGAGCCAAUGGGUGAUUUUGAUGAAAAUGGCUGGGCGCAUAUACAUCAUGCUGCAAACAGAGGUUUCCCUAAAUCCCUAGAGAGGUUUGUCCAUGCUGACCGGGAACAGCUUGAGCUUAAAACAAAUGAUGAUCUUGGUUCAACGCCAUUUUUAAUAGCAGUUACAAGCGGAAACCUUGAAUCAAUAACGUGCCUGAUAAAUCUUGGUGCCAAAAUUGGAGUUAUUAAUAAUCACAAUCACGGGGCAGUUGAGAUUUGUGCUUCAAAGCAGUAUAUUGAAUUGCUUGAAUAUUUCAUAGAAAAAAAUCAUGAGCAAUUGCCAGUGUGGAAGAAUUUGUUACGAUUCUUGUCGUCUGAGGCAGAGGAAGAAGCCGAGUCUGCUGGGAUAUGUUUGCGAACUUUGACCCUUAAAUCUCAAGAAGGGGAUAUAAAUCCACACUGGGAGCAGUUAUUCAAAAAUGGAGCUGUGCCAACAAUCGUGAAAGUUGCAAAGAGCACCUUGAAAGAUGAUUCAAAAGUUCCUGCUUUCCAAGUCCUUCUGAACAUCAUGGAGAAACAGGAAGUGAAAGAGCAGAUCUUCAGUACGGGAGGUAUUACAGCAUUUGUUAGGCUACUUAAGUCUCAAAGUAGUCUAACUGUUCAAUUAUCGGCUCAGAUAUUAAAAGAGCUUGCCAAGGUGAAGGAAUAUGCUGAUAAUAUGGUACACAAUAACGCUAUACCAAGUCUAUUGAAAGUAAUGCAAUCUAAUUUUGACAAUGAAGUUAUGGUUGAAGCUGUAGACGCAUUAGGAAACAUUGCUGAAGCAUCAUCACAGCAUCAGUCAGCCAUUGGUCAGCUGCCUGGUUCCCUGCAAUCCCUCAUUGGCUUAUACAAAGAUCAAAAAGAUAAAAACUUGUUAUACUCUUUGAACAAAACAGUGGGGAAAAUAGCAUAUAGAAAUCAAAACAAUCAGAAUUCAAUUGUAGAUCUUGGGGCUGCAGUUUAUGUUGUAAUAUUGUGUAGAACUCGGAAUCGUGAUUUACAGUUAAGUUCUGUAGAAGCCAUUCAUAGGCUAGCAGAAGAUAAUCCCAAAACUCAGAGGGUAAUUUUAUCAGAAAGAGCUCAAGACCACCUCAUGCAGCUGUUGAAAAGAACAAGAGCGGAGGCCCUGCAAGAGAAAACUGCCAUGGCAUUAUGGGCAUUAGCAGGGGACAAUCUGGAUGAGCAGAGAAAAAUGGCAGAGAAAAUGGAAGUUUCCUUACUCAUUGAAUUUGUUAAUAGCCUAUCAGAAAACUUGCAUUACAUUGGAUCAGAAGGAUUAGGGGUAUUGGCACAGGGUCCACUUAAUUAUCAAACUGAAAUAGCCAAUUCUAAUGGGAUUCAUCCGUUAGUCCGUUUGUUAAGAUCUGACAAAGAAUAUAUAGUGCUAAGUAUAAUUCGGACUUUACGUCAUUUAUGUGUUGGCGUAGGAUAUGUUCCGCAUAAAAAGAAUCAGUCAACGAUAUCACAGUCUCGUGGAAUCAAAUUUCUGAUUGCACUAAUGGUUCAUUCGAAAGAUGAGAUGAUUCAGGUGGAAUCUGCUGUCACUCUGGGUUGCGUAUCAUUAGGAAACCAAGAGAUAUUAGAAGAGAUCAAUGGAACGAUAGAUUUCAGUUACGUACGGAUACUCAAAAUGAUGUAUGCUCAGCACGACGUUGUACGACUCCUAGCGGGCUCAGCACUUGCAGCAUUCGCGUAUAACAACAUUAGCCAACAGAAAGAGAUUGCAGAACAAGGUGGUGUGAGAUUUAACUGUUUCAUACCAUUUCUUCAAUCUUCAGAUGAAUUUUACAGAUGUAAUGCAGCAUUUCAGGUUGUAGUGUUAUCAAAGAUUAUACCAGAUGAGGAGCAGGCAUUGUCAUCGGCAACGGGUAUCAAACUUCUUGUUGACCUCCUUCAGGACUCACAGUCAGACCAAAUACUUGCCCUGGCAUCAGACUGCAUAGCAAGACUUGCUCAUACCCGUGCUGGUGUACCUGCAGCAAUUAUAGCCAUUAAUGCAAUUGAGUUCCUCACAAAACUUCUGUUGCACCAGGCAGAGCAAGUGAGGGGUUGUGCAGCUAUCGCCCUUGGUUACCUCUCAUAUACACAUACUGCAGAGAGACAACUUCUUAACAAGUGUAGAAAUGAUCAGAUGCUAAUGAAGAUAUUGUUACAUUACACGAAGAAGAGUAAAGUGUCACCAGCGUUUCUAGAGGGGUGGAGGCAUUAUAAGAAAAUAGGACUACCCCCUAUCUCGGAAGGAAGAACGAACCUUGUUGCUGACAGAAUGUCUGAGCCUCCGCCUACACCAGAUAGCAGCAUCGGUCUGAUGGACUCAUCCAAGAGUGCCAGCAAUAUAAGAGCAUCCUCAUCAAACUUAGAGGAACCUCCACUUACAGACAGAACCUCAAGAAUGUCGCAUAGAUCAAGCACCAGUAAGAUCUCAAUAGUUGACGGUGAGAUACAGAGGUCAAGUCAGGCGUCGCGACACUCAAUCGUUCAAAGUGAGAUGCAAGUGCCGGCAAUUGAUAUAACUAUGCAACAGGAAGGUACUGCAACUGCUGAGGCGUAACACCACUAAAGAAACAAAGCUCUGGCAAAAUGCCAUUAAAUAUUCACAUAACUUUGAUGGAAUGCAUACCUGUUCGGAUGUGGUUAGGGAUGGCGGGAAACAAUUAUGUGGCUCAUUUCAUAACUACCCAUUAAUUGAGAUUCUGGGCAACAUUUUACGGAUUUUAGCAUACAAUCAGUGCACAGUUAACCAGCAACAUUUGUCAAACUUUCAAAGACUCCUCCAAUAAUGCACAGAACUUUUCUUUAUUUCAUACUAGUAUAUGAAGAUAUGCAAUAGGAAAACUGACAUUGCAAUACAAAUCACCGAUUAACUAUCUUUUAAAGAUAUUCUUAGGCUUAUAGGGUAGAUAUGAUAGACAUUUAUAUUGUCAAGAGAGGGUGUUAAGUUUUUUUGUUGUUGAAAGUACACUGAAGAUUAUGAGAUUUUAUAAAAGUAUGCAGAUUCUCAUUUGAUAUUUAUGUUACAGGGAUAUUUUGAUAAGAAAAAGAUUCCAUUCUGGACUUUAUAUACAUUUUCAUCAUGCCAUUUACUCAGUUGGCAUACAGUUUCAAUAGUCCAUUAUUAUUUGUUGGCUAUUGUUAAUAAUGAGUUAACUAUCUGUGAAGAAGAGGGUUGUAUCUUGCUCACUCGGGCUCAUUUUUAGUGUCUGGUGGCAUUUGAGGUCU